GCGCGAGGAACAAUAAACUCGCGCGCGGAGGAGGCCCGGACCGGCUCCCGCUCCUCGCUUCGGCGCCCGCGAGCUCCCGCAUCCACCUCCCGCAUCCACCUCCCGCGCUCUCCAGCUCGCCCCCUGCUCUGCUCGGCCCUCCCCGUCACCCUCCCGCACUCUCGGCUCUCUUCAGCGCCCCCGCGCACUUCUCUCCCGACGCGUCCCGCUCCGCUCGGCUCUCCCCGCAGCUCCCGGCGGUGACUGCGCCGCCAUCUGCGUCCCGCUUCUCUCUCCCCGCCGGCAGCCCCCGACUCGGCCCCAGGCUCUCCCCUCUCCCCACUCGCGGUCUCCGUCGUCCCUGUCGCCCCCUCGCCGCAGCAGGCCACUCGCAGACCCUGCGGGCGUCGUAGGCCUCGGACUUCCCCGGCGGUGGGCCCGGGGCCCUAUCCGGUGGCCGCAGGCUCCCCCGGCCAUGGCCCCCGUGGCCCGCUACUCGCUGCGGGUGAGCGCAGCGGUGGCGCAGGGCGGCAGGAGGUACAUGGAGGAUGCGGCCGUGGUGGUUCGGGAGAGGCUGAGGGGCCACGAGGUCACGUUCGUCGCGGUGUUCGACGGCCACGGGGGCUCCGAGGCGGCGCUGUUCGCCAGGCGGCACCUGUGGGCCGCGCUGCGGAGGGACCGGCAGCUGCUGUCGCCGCGGCCCGAGCGCGUGUGCGCGGCCCUCCGGGAGGCGUUCGUCGCCACACACCGCGCCAUGUGGCACAAGCACCCCGAGUGGCCGCGCACGGUGAGCGGCCUCCCCAGCACGGCGGGCACCACGGCCACGGCGCUGCUGUUCCGGGGCUCCCACCUCUACGUGGCGCACGUGGGGGACUCGGGGGCGGUGUUGGGCGUGCGGGGGGGACCCGGCGGGGCCCUGCGGGCCGUCGAGGUGACGCGCGACCACAAGCCCGAGUGCCCGCGAGAGAAGGAGCGCAUCGAGCGCUUGGGCGGCAGGGUGGUGAGUAAGGCCGGCGUGGAGCGCGUCGUGUGGACCAGGCCGGUGCUUGCCCACACGGGGCCCGUGCGGCGCAGCACGGCCGUGGACCACAUCCCCUUCCUCGCCGUGGCACGCGCCCUCGGGGAUCUGUGGAGCUACGAUUUUGGCCGCGGGGAGUUUGUGGUGUCCCCCGAGCCGGAUGUGUCGGUGCGGACCAUCGACCCGAGUCGCGACGCCCUCAUUGUCCUGGCGAGCGACGGCGUCUGGAAUGUUUCGUCGCCCGCCAGCACCGUCAGCACCUGCUGGGACGAGUGCGAGCGCCGCGGAGGGGUGGAGCGGGAAGGAGCGCCGUCCCUGGCCGGCCUGCUUGUGUCACACGCCCUCGCUCGGUGGCGCGGGCGCAUGCUGCGUGCCGACAACACCACGGCCAUCGUGAUCCGCAUACUUCCGGCUUCGCCACAGGGCGAACGCGGCCCGGACGCCCCCCUCUCCCUCCUCCUGCCCCCUCCACAGGGCACAGAUUUCGACAGUGGCCGGGAACUGGCCAUGACCAUCUCUGAAGAGGCCUGCGAUGAGGGGCUCGACGCUGGAGAAGAGGGGCUCACCGGGGGAGGGGUUGGGCUCGUUGCCUGUGCCGCCGUGUGCCGUGAAAAGCGGAGUCCCGGGCACGUGCAUGACAUCGCGCUCACCCCGGCGUCCGUGCGUCCAUCCCGGCCGGGUUCGACAAGGCCUUCGCAGGGCCCCCCGGCCCCCCACGACGGGGCGGCCGCUGCCGUCACGUUAUUAGACAGGUGGGGCACGGAGCCCCCCUCCCCGACGGCCGCGAUGUCCUUGGGCCCUCUUUCCACCACGUGUGCGCGGGUCAAGGGGACCCUGGGGGAGUCGAGCGUCCCCAACUCGGCCCCCCCUGCCAAGAGUUCCCGGCGGGGGGAGGCGGGGGGCGCCGGGGGGCCCAAGCCUCGAUUGGCGGGGGGAGGCGGCGGCGCUGCCGCUGCGCGUCGGUGGCGCCGCCGGCCACGCAGGGUGAACGGCGCGGCCGCCCGGUGCGCCCGGACGCUCCCCGUCGCCACCACGAAGACAACGGCAAUAGGCGUGCGAUAGGGAUCACCGGUAGGGGUCACCGAGAGGGUUCGGUGAUGGGAGUCAGUGGGGGUCAACUGCCAGGGGGUCACGUUCCACCUGGGGGAGUGGAGGGGGGGUAGCUGUCGUGGUGCUCAAUGCUCUUGUCCCCACUCUUUUAAUCGGUUGCUGUGUGCCGUGGGAGUGUCGCUGCGGGUUGAGUUGUCGUGAGAUGUAGGUGUUAUCUGCCUCGUUUAUAAUUUUUAUAUUUGGUCAAAUGGACGGGACGAACAAACGUGUGAAAGCGCAUCUCGCUCAAGGACGAGAUGAAAAUGAUCAUACUCGUGUCUUUUAUAUUUUUUAGGACUAAAUACAUUUUUGUUGCAGUGAAAUUAAAAUUAAAUAAACUUUGCGUGACGGCUCCCUGCAAAUGACUCCUAAUUGAAACGCUAAUGUCUUUGGCGGCAAGUGCCCGUGACAGAUAAUUCCUCUUGAAAACGGUGAGACUCGUUCAACUUGGGGUAGCAGCGCAGUGGACACUCGUGGCCCAUAGUGAGAAGCACCUGGGUUUGAUUCCUGACUCGGGUGCAUCUAUGUGGAGUUUGUAUGUUCUCCCUCUGUUCUGCAUGUGUUUCCUCCAGGUUCUAUUUCCAUAGCUAAAAUAAAAAAAACAUACAAUGUAAGCACCUCAAAUGAGCAUGGUUGGGUAUGUACGGUGCAGAAGAAGUUCGACACAGUAUUGGCCAAACAAUGCAGAAAAAUCACUUUCAAAUUGGGAUCGCACAAAGCAACAUCACCCCAAACUGAAAAAUUUGCAGGACCCUCAAAAAGAGUAUUCAGCCUUGGUUGGGGUUUUCUGGGUAAACAAGGGUAAUUAUAAAAAUAAUACUUGUACCUUUUAUCUUUUUCAUGUAUGUGGUCAUUGUAAGCGCGGCGUGAGUCGUGAUUGUCGUGAUGGGUGCUGCAGGCCCUGUGCCAUGCCUCAAUAAAAGUUUCUUCUUUCUCCA